AGGUUGGGCCGAUCGUGGUCUUUUGCCUCAUACUGCCGCUUAUCCUUCUGGAUGGGAAUCAGACCCUGGAGCAGAGGGGCAUGAAUUCAUUCAUUUUUACUAUCGGCUUCUUUGUGAUCAAGUUUGUCACCGGCAACAUUAUUGAGGUGCAGCUCUAUGCUAAGUCUGGAGGCGAUCUCAUGAGGAUGCACCCGGUCGUUAUGUUGGCCUUGAUGAUGCUGUUCCAGUCGCUGAUGGGCAUGACAGGUAUGUUCAUGACGGUUCCUGUGAUGGCAGCUGCCAAGUAUUACAUGCUGAGCAUGAACAUGCCCAGUUCCGUCUUGGACCCGCUUCUGACGUGCAUCGAAGGAAGCGAGCAAGGACCUCACAUGAACUACGUGGAGCAGCAGCGUGCCAAAGCCAGGAAAAGCGCAUUGGAUCCAUCGUCAGAUGAGGACAAUCUCCUCUGCGGCGGCUGCGGCGAAGCCUCUGACUCGGCGCCGGAAGAAUCUUCGCUCCCCUAGGCGGACCUGAAGAUGGGUCCCCUGCAUCAGCUCUGGCAACUUUGGUCCAAAUCCUCCAAACUGAACCGGUCUUCCAUGUGAAUCACCGAUGCUUGUGGCUGGCCUCGCUUCC